CAUCCACCUUCUUAAACGUAUCAGGGGUCCAAAUAAAUUGACCUACUGAGGAGUAUCGCCUGCAUAUUUUGUGUCCAUUAAUUUGGUUAGGAAUCUACGUUGGUCUGCGUUCACUUUAUUUCAUAUUCUGUAUAAAAUAAAUCGUCGGCCUCCUUUUUUAACCGUGCUGUCGUAAUGAAUUCCCCAUGUUGUGCAUAUCAACCAAAGGGUGCGUAUCCGAAAGGAAUUCAGUGUUGUGCAUUGUCACACAUGCCUUAACCUACUGUUUCUCUGCUUCUACCCCUGCCUUUGCCCCACCGCGCCUAAGCUGUUAUACAACAAAACGCAGAGGUUUAUGCAACUGGCCCCGCCUCCCGUCGUUACAUAUAAGGCUAGUGGCGCCCGCUUGGGAGCUACUCGCUUAGUUUGAAAGAUGCCUAGGAUUAACAUGGCUUCUGUGGAUCUCAGUAAAAUUGGAGUGAACAUGUUGAAAAGCGCCGCGAAUGGUGAGGUCGAUGGUGGAGUUGCGGUCUCUCUGGAAAAAUCGAGCCAUCGUCUUAUUCUUCCUGCGACGCCUCGGGUGCCAAGUGUGCCGCUGGAUCGCUUCGGAAUUAAGCAGGUUAAAAGGCGACCUGGAGGCGAAUGGCGUGGGGCUUGUGGGCGUGGCCCCGGAGGAGGUGGGCCUACAAGAGUUCAAGGAGGGCAACUUCUUCCAGGGCGAGCUUUACAUUGACGAGCAGAAACAGUGUUACAGGGACCUGGCUUUCAAAAGGUAUGGCACUCUGAGUGUUCUUCCAGCUGCCCUAGGGAAAAAGGUGCGCGAGGUUGUAAAUAAGGCAAAUGCUCAAGGUAUCUCUGGAAAUUACAAAGGAGAUUUGCUGCAAAGUGGAGGAAUGUUGAUUGUUUCCCAAGGUGGUGACAUGGUGUUGUUGCACUUUAUCCAGGACUCUCCAGGUGACUAUGUACCCCUUGAAACAAUAAUCCAGUCUCUGGGCAUCACUUCCAAAGUGCAGGCCAGCCAGAGACCUGAGUGUAAUGAAGAUGUUUGUACAAGGUGACCUACUGCCAGGACGUUGUGCCAAUGGGCUUGUUGACCCUAUGGUGGGCGGAAAGAUGAUCACUCAGUCAGCAUCUCUAUAAUUGUACUUCUAUUGCACUAAGAUAAAUUAUACAGGUUUGGGGAAAUUGUUUGUAUAUUAAUUAAGAGCUUAUAUAUAUUUAUAUAUUUUGUUUCAUAUCAGUACUCAUGUAUAUAUACUCUACACACACAAAGCUAAUACAUGUAUAGGCACAGACUGUUUUCUACAGGCAGGGCUUAAAAUGAGAUAACGUCACUCACACUAUUUUUACUUACAUUUGUUUAGUUUCUGUUGACUUCCUUCCUCUCUUACUGCCGCUGAUUUUGUUUUGUCAAGCGGGUCAGAGUCAGGGCACUAGGAGGAAUGAAGUAGUCCAAAACACAGGUUUUCAGAAAAAAAGGACUCUUAAUCCAUUCUGUGAUUUACUGGAUUGAUUGUCUUUUUGAUUGGACUUGUUUUUUAUCUUUUUGUUAAAGCAAUGUGUGUUUGAUUGCUGUAUUAUAUCUCCUCUAUUGUAAUGCAUAUAUCUCAAAAUUAAUCGAAAUUCAUAAAAAAACAUCCCUGCCCAGUAUUCAGAUUUAUUAUUAGUCAGACAAUGAGGGGCCAGCGUAUGUUGGGCUUAAAGGAAGUUGUUGAUCUGAUGUGAAAGACAGAAAAUGAAAGGCACAUGUACACGUGUAGAUGCACAACUCCAUCUAUGCAGGUAACUCUAGAGCAGCACUUGCAUUCAAGCUUAGGCAGCUAAAAGCUCAUAUUUUGCAUCUGCUUGGUAUUGUCAAGAAUUUCAGACUUAAACAAGAGAAAGAAAGAUUUAGAUAAAUUUAUGAUAGAUUUUACAAAGAGGGAAGAAGCAAAACAGUCAUUGUGUUAUGUGAUGGAGCAAGUAACAGUCAGAUUAGCUGUCCAAUCAUAUCCACCUCUGCACCCCCAUCACGUGCAGUCUGACUCCCUUUUAUAGACAGAUACGUUGAGCCUAAAUGGCUAACUGAUGCUGGUGGGAGGGACAUCUUUAUUGAAGAAAGCCACACAGUGUGGGUUUGGAGUACAUUAGCAAGCACCUUUUUGGUUGGCAAAACUAAUACCAGAAGGCAGAAUGGGUCUACCAUACACGACACUUCUCAUAUGGAUGCAUAGUGCUGCCCAGCUUGCAGUGGAAGGCUUCUGAGAAUGCCGCAAAGUUUUGCAGAGAACCAAUGACCCUGUCAACAGGAGGGGGAGAUAAUGGUGUCAAGAGAAGAAAAACACUACCUAGGCAAAGUGUGCAGGAUGGUGAGGCAGGUGCUGUCCUACCUAUACUCAAGUGGACUGUGCGAGUCCGUCUUGAUAGACUGGCUGGCAUACUCUGGUCUGUAUGACCCGCACCAAACCUGUAAUGAAAAAUUAAAUAAAUAUGUAGAAAGAUGGAUGAGUACUGGGUACCAAGCAGCUAGAUCAAUUACCUGAGCAAAGUUCAGAAAAAAGAGCUGCUUGUAGUUGAGAUUUAGGCCAGGCAGCUGUGGUUCUUCACCUUCUGUCUUGAUCCACUUCAUAUAAGCCUGUCAAAAGUUGAAAGCUGGGUUUUAGCAGGUACAAAAAUACAGUCAGUCAAGCAUUUUGGGUUUGCAAAAACUUACCUUGUAGGCCUGUCGAACUCCUCCAUUGUCAGCUAUAUUUUCUCCAAGAGUACUUAUGCCACUGACCUGCGAAGGAUAAAGUAGCCCAUUGGUACAGACUAACUCUUGCCUUUUUCUGCUUCCUAGUAUGACCCUAUCCUUGACCCCUCCUUCUGCCAAAUCUGGACAUAUAUAUAGUAUAUGACCCUUUUCAAGUAUUUUUAUCUUGCUGACCUAGAUAAUAAGGGCCUUUGGCAGCGACUAACUACUCCUCUCAUUUGGGACCUGUGUAUAAACCUUUUUACUUUCCCUAACCCACAAGCUGCUCACUUGACGAUAACCCACUCACAUUCUGUCCCCCAGCCAGUUUCCAUGUGUAGCUGCCAUACUGAUUCACCAUGCAGCGUGACUGGUCCCUGAAGUUCAUGGCAGAGAAGUUGCUCCACCAGUCAAACAUGUUGCCCUCUUUGUCAAAGUUUCUUCCUAUCAGAAGAAAACGUAAUGAAUCCACCCAUCUGCUGUGUGCCUCCUGGGUCUGUAAGGAGCAUAAUAAUGGUACAAUACAUACCAUUAUCAUCAAAGCCAUGGGUGAUCUCAUGACCAAUAACCAUGCCAAUGCCCCCAAAGUUCAAUGCCUGCAGCUGGUCUUGGCUGAAGAAAGGUGGCUGCAGGAUCCCAGCAGGAAACACUGUAACAAAAGGAACAAUGUUCAGCAUAGAAACAGAUGGGAAAUGACAUUUAUCUUCAGAGCAUUUUCCUCUGAUUAGACCAUUCUGAUUAUCUGUUUAUAAGCAUACCUAUCUGGUUCCGAUUGGGAGAGUAGAAGGCAUUCACCACUGCAGCACCAAUGAUCCACCUAGGAAAAAAAUGCCCAACAGUCAUAUAAUGUUAGAUCACAUAGCAUAAAUAACUUACUUUGACCAACUUCAAUGGCCAUUUGUCCCCUAAGUAACAUUAAUAGUGGAAACUGAGUAGAAGUCCUAAAGCUUUGCCUUCCUGCUUUAACAACAACCCCUUUAAUUUUCAGAAUAGCUUUAUCUAGGUCAGAGUUACAGGAACCAGCACCUAUUCUGACAGGAUCUGAUUGAAGAUAGUAACCAACUUUGGCCAAGUUGACAGUCUGUAACAGUGUACAAACUCCCACACUCACUCAUAUGAGACCAAUUUGGAGUCACCAGUUAACUGGGACUGGGAUGUGGGCGGAUACCCACAAAGACACUGGGAGAACAUGCAAAUAUCACGGACAAUGCGAUCAGGUCAGGAUUCCAACCCAGUCUCCUGGUUGGACUUGACCAUGUUAAAUGCACUACCCCUGCUCUAACAUCAGUGCAAAAUAAAUUUAUUUUGAUGGCAUUGGAACUCACAAUUCAGGGUCUACACGCUCACGUAACUUUCUGAGGCUCUUCUGGGCACCUGCCCGCAGGUUCUCUAGUGUGUUUUCAAAGUAGUUGUCUUCACUGAAGUUAAGCUGAGGAAAUUUAAGAGAAUGAGUAGCUGUAGCUAACCGUUUGCCCAUUUUAAACCAGCACCUGAGAUGCUACUGUCCUGCCUUUAUAAGUUUAGAGUUGAGGACUGGCCAUGUUGAGCAAAUUCAAACCACAAGUACACCAAUGCUAAUGCCGAUAUGCCUGCACAGUUGUACUAUGUAACCUUAGGACCCAACUCCCUCAAGUGUCCUGCUUCCAUUUAAUUGUGAGAUUUUGUUUACAUACAUGAGCAUACUCCAUGUCAAGUUUUGGAUUGGUGUCCUCCAGGAUGUAGUCUGGGUAUCCAAUCUGCUCUUUGAUUGCCAUCGCCUGAAAGACAAAAUGCCAAUCUGUGAGUUUUUAGCAUGCAUGGGAUAUUGGCCAUACACAAAGUCCCUUCUUACCUUCUCCUGCGCCUUCUCCUUGGACAACUUGUCCAUCCAAGGAAGCUCAUCCAGAGUCUCCACAAAGGCCUGACGGAUUUUGUCAAUCAGUUUGCUAACCUGUCAGUGAGUUUAAAUGAAAAAUGAAGCAUGACCACACCUGCCUGUACUAGCAGUAUCUUAUAUAUAUUUGGAUUCUCACCAUCUGCUUGCUGUGCCCUGCAAACGUCUCCCUCACAUAAAGUGCCCCCACAGCAUUUUCCAUAUGGCUCUGUACAUAGCGCACACAGUCUCGCCAUCGCGUUUCCUCCACCGUGGUUCCAUACAGAGCCUACAAUACAUCAGAAUGAACAGGCAGAAUUGAGUAGUCAUCAUCGCUGUUCUGUGGUACUAUGGUGUCUGUCCAGUGUUCAAGCUGCACUGUUUACCUUGCGAUAGUGUGCUCGAGCCUCCUUGAAACGCCGACUCAGACUGCUGACCCGGUCCAUUAACAGUUGCCAUGUCAAGUAGUUCUGCAAAGUACUGAAAACAGAAAGAGCAGAAUUGGAAUCUCUUGAUGACCUCGUAUCCUGAUUACAUCUCUGUAUCUUGAUGCAAUCAAUCAGUGGCUCUCAAGUUCAGUCCUAAAAGGCCCCAUGAACCCCCUUCUUGUUCCAAGCAGUUUCAUAAUCGGUGCGUCAUUUUUACCUCUAAUCGAUCUCAUUAUUUAUUAGCUAACCUUUAAUAUUUUUCAUUCAGAAAAAUGCUGUAGUGUGAGAUUUACAUUUAAUAAGAAAUUACAAAAUAUUUGUAUUUUUGUCCUAUCUUGAAAUGCUUAGCACUGUCUUGUCAUUUUAUUUAUGAUUCUCUUGAACUGUGGCGGUGUUUUCUCUCUUAAUUGUUUCCAAAUACUGACCAUUAAUGAUUAGCCGAGCAAACACCUUUGCAAAUAAUACUGAAAGUUAAAGAGAAGCUGUUUCAGUGUUACCAAAUGAUGGGAUUAUUAGUAAAUAAUGCUUAAACCAAAACAUUAAACCAGAACAUUAAAAAAGUAAAAAAAAAAAAUAAAUUCUCCAUUUAACAUGAAUUCUUGUAAAAAUUCACCAUAACCAAUGUGUCAUUUUUGGCUUAAUAUAAAAAGCAAUUGAAACGGAAAUAAAAACUUGCUUUAUUAAGAAAACCUGCAGUAACAGAGGCCCCCCAAACCCAAUACUGAACUUGAGAAGCUCUGCAUAAGUUAAAUGUGUUCACACUUACCUGGUGGAAUGGACUGAGAGAAUUCCUUGGAGCCGUUGUAAGUAGGGGACACCAUAAACAACGAGCUCUUCCUGAGGCUUUACAGCCACAUUAACUGAGGACAGAACCCCCUGUAUAAAGUGCAGCCAGUUGAACCCCUGGUUAACACAAGAACAUAGCUGAAGUUAGUGUGUAGUGUCAGAGGUGCAUUUAUUCCAGAUUUUCAAGUGUCCAACUCACAUUGAGAGGAAAGAGCUGUUGAACUUCAGUUAGGCUCAUUUGCUUAUACAGCAUGGUGACAUCAUGCCGCUCCUCUGCCGGGACUGUGGCCUGCGGUGGAAGGGGUGCAAUCACAUUCUCAGUGCUUGUCAUUCAACUUCAAAUACCCACCUCUGUGUAACUAACUGGUGCCAAAUCCUGAUUGACAGUAUGUCCAUUUUGCCCUGUCCAAAGACUGUGAGAGUGGUAAAGUCUGAUGUGGUGGCCAUUUGCAGCAGGCUUCUGUUACAUAUAUAUUUCAUAUACGUAAGUGAAAUAUUUACAAGCCAAGCAAUUUAAAUCAUUUCUCAAUAUUAGCAAUGCUACUAAUCCACUCGAUUGAUAUGCCUCAUUAAAGGAAUUGAAAUUAAUAAGACUUUUAUUUUUUGUAUCAAGUUUGGAAAUUUUUUGGCAGCAGUGUGAUGCAGUGGUUGGUGAAGCCACUGGUCUCCUCUAGGGUCCAGGGAUUCAAUCCCAGCCCAGUCACUGUCAGUGUACAGCAGAUUUUCAUGCUCUUCAUACACAGCAUCUUUGUAGGUUUAGUCCACAUUCACACAUCUCAAAAAAAUGAUUCCUAUGUUUCUGAAUGACUGUACCCUGUGAUGGCCUGGCAUUCUGGCAAAAUGUGGUUCCUGCCUUAUGCCUAAUGUAUAUUAAUUGGGUUUGGACAAUGGGUAAGGGGAUGUUUAGAAAGUAGUACUAAUAACAGGUACUCUUUCAUUUAAGUUUUUACUCCAGUCCACAGCCACAAAUGCUUUUUGUUCUUCUGUACUUCCAAUGCAAUGUUUUUAAUGUAAAACUUACAAUAAAAGGUGCUAUGCAAAGUAAA